AUGCUCAUCAGGUCCUCCCAAGUCCAGUACUCGCCUAUGCAGCCUCCCCACUAUCAAGCUCGACCGCCAGGGUCAGAUGCCUCCAAAACCACCAUGGUAGGAUAUGAAUUGGUCGCAGACAAGUUGAGCCAGCAUUCGAGAAAAAUCCAAGAGGAAGCUGUGGUGCCCAUGUAUCGCAAGUUUGAAACUCUCAACCACCGGGUGUUGCUCCAUCUUCAAGACGAAAUCGCGGAGUUGGAGGAAGAACUACGCUAUCUAGAUGAGUGCAUUGCGCAGUGCUCGCCGAGAGACCAUGCGGGGCGCCACCACCCUGCAUCUCGGCGCGGCGACGCACGCUACGGAGGUGAGCUGCAUUACCGGAGGACAGAAUUGCUAGGACGCAUCUAUCUGAAGCUGGGACAGUACAAUACAGCGCUGACUUCCUUUAAUUCCAUGGUCAAAACCCUAGACCCUGCGAAUGCGGAGGACGUUCAGGCCUACCGCUCAUGGAUGGAGAAACGUACACCGGUCGACCAUACGGAAACUAGGUUUCUAGAACACAAUCACGAUCUGCUCACAGUCUCCGAGGGAGGGUCAGCAAGCACAGUUAGUGGCGUGACACCCCGCCAAUCUGGGGCGAUAUGGCUACCGCUGGUGCUCGUUCUCCCUCUCAUGGUAUUUGCCAUAGUACCCGGCUUGCUUGGAAGGCUCGUCAUCCUAACUUUGACUGGUGCGGUAACUAUGAAGCUGAUAGCUACCACAAAGGAGCUGAUGGAUAUGAUGACUGCCCGGGAGUGGGCAGGGUGUUUCUCUGUGUAA